GUUGGUUUGAGCUGCUGGUGGUUCCUUGUUGAGUCCUUCUGCGUACUGAAAAUGGCGGACAGUUCAGAUUCGGAGUACAGUUCUUCGAGCACGUGCAGCUCGGACCCAGACCAGCGUCUGCUGGUGGUGCGGAGCGGGCGCCGGCGGUCAUCUGUCGUGCCCGACCUUCCCAUCAACCCCUACGGGGUCGUAGGUCGCAGGAGCAGCAGGGAUGAGGUCGAAGAACGACACAAGUUUGCGUACCACUUCAGCGGCUUCAAGAAAGCAAUAUCCAGGUCUUACCUGCGAGGCCAGGACCACACCCACCAUGGGCCGAACCAACAUCACCUGAAGCACGGGGGGGAACGCCAGCUCAAGACAUCAGUCGACUGGACGGACAACGCAGUAAACGGGGAGCACAUCUGGACAGACACGAAGGAGUCGGGCGAUUUCUGCUACGUGGGGGAACAGGACUGCCUGAAAUCUGGGCCGAGGAAGAAAUGUCUUGGCUGUAAGAUCCUGGUCCACGUGGGCUGCAUGCACGUCUUAGAGAAGAUCAACUUCAGAUGCCGGCCGACCUUCAGGGAGCCGGGGACAAAAGGUUCUCGAGAGACAUUUGUGCGACACCACUGGGUGCACAGACGCAGGCAGGAGGGCAAGUGCAAGCAGUGCAGCAAGCCGUUCCACCAGAAAUUCUCCUUCCAUUCCAAGGAGAUUGUUGCCAUCAGCUGUUCCUGGUGUAAAGCUGCAUACCACAACAAAGUAUCAUGUUUCAUGAUGCAACACAUCGAGGAGCAAUGCACCCUGGGAGCCCACGCAGGGGUCAUCGUGCCGCCAUCUUGGAUCAUGAAGGUUCCAAAGAACAGGAUGUCAAUCAAGUCCUCGCUGAAGAAGAAGAAGCGGCCGUCCAUCAAGAGAAAAUCUCUCAAGGAGAGCAAGUCGAAGGCCUUCAUGAUCAAGCCGGUCGCCUCACCCUUCAUCAAACCGCUGCUGGUGUUCGUCAACCCCAAGAGUGGGGGCAACCAGGGAGCGAAGAUCAUGCAGAAGUUCAUCUGGUACCUGAACCCCCGCCAGGUGUUCGACCUCUCCCAGGGCGGGCCCCGGGAGGCGCUGGAAAUGUACCGCAAGGUCGCGAACUUGAGAAUCCUGGCCUGUGGGGGGGACGGAACGGCUGGCUGGAUCCUCUCGACCCUGGACUCCCUGGGCAUGAACCCCCCUCCCCCCGUCGCUGUGCUUCCGCUCGGCACCGGCAACGACCUGGCCAGGACGCUCAACUGGGGAGGGGGUUACACAGACGAGCCCAUCUCUAAGAUCCUGUCCCAUGUAGAAGACGGCCCGGUGGUGCAGCUGGACAGGUGGAACCUGCAGGUGUCGCCCAACCGACAGGUGGCUGCUGACGAGGGGGACGAGGGCGGCGACAAGGACACAGAGCUGGGUGCUCCAGAGGGGGAAGUGAAGGAGAAGCUGCCGCUGGAUGUGAUGAACAACUACUUCAGCAUGGGGGCGGACGCGCACGUGGCGCUCGAGUUCCAUGAGUCACGAGAAGCAAACCCUGAGAAGUUCAACAGCCGGUUCCGCAACAAGAUGUUCUACGCUGGGGCUGGAGGUCGUGAACUGAUGAAGGGCAGUUCUAAGGACCUGGCAAAAUAUGUCCAGGUGGUGUGUGACGACAUUGACAUGACAGCAAAGGUUCAGGAGCUGAAACUGCACUGUCUGCUGUUCCUCAACAUCCCCAGGUACUGCUCCGGCACGGUGCCCUGGGGUAACCCCAGCAGCAGCCAGCACCCGGAGCUGGAACCACAGAGACACGACGACGGAUAUCUGGAGGUGCUGGGCUUCACCCCGGCAACCAUGGUACGUUCUGAUUGGUCACUUAGACAGGCAUGGUGCCGGUGCAUCCCUAGUGGGGAAAGUAGUCACCAAUCAGCUGACUGCUGCAGGCUACUCUCGAUCUGUAGAAUCCUUCCCAUCCUGCUUUGCUUUUCCCAGCUCCACCUGCAGUACCGCUACUGCCUGCCAGAGGGCGCUGUCUCUAACACCUGCUGCUCUUGUUCCCAGGAUAACCCCGCCAGAGCCACCUUGACCUUGUCCGUGUCGACGCAGAAGCUCUCGCCCAAGUGGUGCUUCCUGGACUCAACCAAUGCGGACCGAUUCUUCAGGAUUGACAGGACCCAGGAGAACCUGCACUAUGUAACUGAUAUCUCCUCCAAGGAGCUGUUUGUCCUUGACCCUGAGCUGGUCAUCACCAAGGACGUCUGCACAUCUCCCGCCAUGCCCGACCUUGUGGAGCAGCACCCUAAAGGUCACAGCACUUCCGCCGGAACUCCGCAGGGCAAGGCCUUCGUGUUCCCCGUCACCCCGCCGGGGUCUCCCAUGUCUUCAAGACGAAAUGACAGAGUGCAGAGCCUCCCCCCUGGUCAAAUGGACCGGUCCUCCCCACCAGUCUGCAGUGUCAGGUCUGAGCCGGCGUCGCCAGUCUUUACCGGCUCCCCGAACACAAGCAGACGCCAGCCCCGACCGGUCACACUACACAGUCCUGGGGCAAGUAGCCCAAACGCAUCAGAAAAAGAUGCACGACUGCUGGAGGCUUGCAGAGAAGGGGAGAUUGGCAUGCUGGUUGAGAUGUUGCGUAGCGGAGCUGACCUGACGACCUCUGACCCCCAGGGCAUGACCCCUCUGCACCACGCGGUGCGCUAUGGACACAAGGACCUGGUGGAGUACAUCCUCAAGCACGGGCCUCCCUCCCUGCUGGAAGUCUCAGACUAUGAGAAGGGCCAGACCCCCCUGCACAAGGCUGCCAGCUACCAGAGAAGGUCCAUCUGCUGCAUGCUGGUUGCUGCGGGGGCAAAGGUCACGUGCAGAGAUUCAAACGGCAACACGCCCCGACUGCUGUCGCUGAAGGCCAAUGACCGUGACCUUGCCGACUACCUGAAAGGUCAGGAGCAGUAUAUCCUAGCAACCACCGAGGAAAACCAGGAAACAGCUGUCUGAGACGACCUCUGAACCCAUAUCCCAGAAGCCUCCUGAUGCAGGGCAGCUGCCCAUCAGGAUAU